CAGUAAGAUCAUCAUCUUGAAUUUAUCAGGAAACAAAAACUCUGAAAUCAUGUCGGGAAAACCCAAACUGCACUAUACCAAGGGAAGGGGGAAGAUGGAGUCAAUCCGAUGGCUGUUAGCAGCAGCUGGGGUUGAGUUUGAGGAAGAAUUCAUAGAGACAAAGGACGACCUAGAAAAACUGCGCAAUGAUGGAGUACUGAUGUUCCAGCAAGUCCCCAUGGUGGAGAUUGAUGGGAUGAAGAUGGUGCAGACCAGAGCCAUCCUCAGCUACAUAGCAGCAAAGUACAACCUCUAUGGGAAGGACCUGAAGGAGAGAGCUUGGAUUGAUAUGUAUGUAGAGGGAACAACAGACCUAAUGGGAAUGAUCAUGUUCCACCCUUUUCAACCAGCUGAAGCAAAAGAAAAGAAUCUUGCCUUAAUCAUUGAACGAGCUACAACCAGGUACUUUCCUGUUUAUGAAAAGGCCUUAAAAGACCAUGGCCAAGAUUACCUUGUUGGUAACAAAUUAAGCUGGGCAGAUGUCCAUUUGCUGGAAGCCAUUUUAAUGGCAGAAGAAUGUAAGCCUGAUAUACUGUCUGCAUUCCCUCUGCUACAGGCUUUUAAAGGAAGAACAAGCAACAUCCCAACAAUCAAAAAAUUCUUGCAGCCUGGCAGCCAGAGGAAGCCACAGACAGAUGAGAAGUUCAUUGCUCUUGUGAGGAAAAUAUUCAAUUUCUAAUCAUGUGGCUGCUGACGAUAAUACCACUGUAAUCUGUUACCAGAGCUGUGCCUUUGACAUGCAGACUGCAUAGAUGUAUUCUGUAGCUUGCAUCAUGCAGCCACUGACUUAAUUGCUGAAAAAGGAUGUAUGUUUAAAUUAGAGUGAAAGGCUAACAUUUAUUUCUCUGAAAUAAAAUAUGCUGAUAGUU